AUGGAGAAUACUUUUGUUCUUAGCAAACAAAUUCACCAUGAGAGACAGGAGCUUUGCACAAAUCGUCCAAGGUACCGACAAGGGAAGAAACUAACUGCUGUGAAGGUAUAUUCUGUGGUUGAUGAGUCUCAGUAUCUGUUGAUAGACAGAGUGCCUGCCAUAGCUGUAACUGCUGAACUAGAAACACUGUGUCAAGGGUUCGGAAGCAUUGAAUAUCUGAAACAUUUACCUGAGUAUCCCACAGAAAAAUUUUGCGAAGUGUUUCAGGUUAAGUUUCAUACAAUACAGUCAGCCAGAUUUGCAAAACGUAAAAUGGAUGACAGAAAUUUUUAUGGAGGAACACUACAUGUUUGUUAUGCACCAGAGCUCGAGACAUUAAAUGACACUCGUUCCAAGUUAAACAACAGGAGACAAGAAAUCGAGAACAAACUGAAAGCUCCCCAAAAUCGAAAACAUAAACUGUCAGCAACAUCAACUUCAGCAGAGCAAGUUCAUUGUCCUUCAUUAGUGAUCGAGGAACCUAUAUCUGAUUCAAAUGCUGAGCGCUUUACCACAACCGAACCUCCAAAUUCAGAAGAAUCUCAAAAAGUAACUGUGGCGGGAAAGCAACCUCAACCUGUUUAUGAACCUCCCAAAAAGCGUAUUGUGUAUCAUGUCUCUAGUAAGACGCCUCGUUGA